GGGAAAGUCUGAGAGACACAAAAAAGCCCAAAGGCAGAGGAAAUAAAAUCUGUCCAGUUCAGGAGAGACUUGGCUUUGCAGGCACUAUGAAAAGCUUUCUUUCCUGGACAGUCCUGGCAGUCCUUGUCCUGGUGCACAUCUCCCAGGCAGUCUAUGUUCAGGAUGGAGACUUGAGAUUCCCCCUGGAGUCUGUGAAGAAGCUGAAGGAGCUCAUGGAUGGCAACAGACACAUCAACCCUCGCAUGAUGGUCCCCAUGGCCAGCUACUCGCCCUGCCAAGAGAAACUCCUCCCUGAGGAAUUCCGGCCUGUGUGCAAGAAGGAAGAUGCACUCAUGAUUUUUAGGAGGCUGACCCUGGCUGCUGAGGAUGACCUCUGUGAGAUCUGUGCCAACGCUGCCUGCGCCGGCUGCCUCUGA